AUGGAUGGGGAGCCAUCUGGGCCUAGGUCUUCAACAGACAUUGGUCUAACAGAAAAACGAUGGGCUGUUCCUCUGCUUGUUCGAAACAUUUCUGUGCAUGCAACGGAGCGAGACUUGCGCGUAUUGUUCGAACAAGCAGGCCCCAUCGGUGGCAUGGAAAUGAUGCCGCCGGUCCUUGUGCAAGGACAGCCCAAACCCACGUACGCCUGGAUCCAGUACAUGCGCCAAGCUAGUGCUGAUAUGGCCAUUACAUACUUGCAGGGAUUCAUGCUGGCCGGCUUGCCUCUUUUUCUGGAGUGGGCGGGCUCGCAAGAUGUCGGCACACAGCCUAUCGCUAUGCCAGUGCCGGUAGUAAUGCCGUCUAUAACCCCAGAAGCUCGCAAUAUGCAGGCACUUCAUACUCCCACCACUUGCCUUUACAGUGUCUUUGUCGGUGACCUGGAUCCUGAAAUCGAUGAUACCAUACUAGCUCAGACAUUCUCUGGCUUUCCUUCGAUGUACGACGCUCGAGUCAUUCGUGACCUCCGGAACGGACACUCACGGGGCUAUGGGUUUGUUCGUCUCCGCAAUGAGCGCGAGGCUAUGGAAGCUAUCGCCAACAUGUCAGGACAGUGGGUCGGCAGCCGAAUCAUUCGUGUUAACUGGGCUGUUCGUCCUUCUGAGCCAUUUCCGUCCGAGACGCAGCGUCCUGCAGAACCUGAGCCAAAGGUCGCUGAUUCAUCCUCGGAUUCUAAAACAUUGUAUGUGGGAAAUCUCCCAGACAAUGCCAAUCUCCCAGACAUUAUGAAUAUUUUCUCGUCCUUUGGAAAUGUGAUUAAUGCGCAGAUGUUCCCCGGCAGACAUUACGCGUUUGUCACCUUCCAAUUCUCGUCGGAUGCCAACAAGGCAUGGGACGCCUCUCAGUCCAAUCCACCGAACAUGGCCGGUCAGACACUCAAGGUGGGCUGGGCUCGUUAUUCCACGCGGAACCCGAGCUCUCGGCGCUAA